UUGGAAACAGGUUUUAAAAUGUGCGAAGCUUACAAUGCUUAUUUCGGCAUGCCUGUGGGUGAUCAAGACAAAUCCUGGGCACCUCAUUUCGCGUGUGAAAACUGCAAAAGGACUUUGGAAGGAUGGUACAGAGGGGAAAAGAGAGCUAUGAAGUUUGCUGUGCCAAGAGUUUGGAGAGAACCCACUGACCAUUCAAGCAACUGCUUUUUCUGCAUGGUGGACCCUUCCAAACGUCGGACUGGCAAAAAAGCAAGUCAAAUCAUGUAUCCUGACAUUCCUUCAUCCAUGGCUCCAGUUCCACACAGCUCUGACCGCCCCGUUCCUACUCCUCCAGAGAAAGAGCAGGUGUCUUCCUGUGAGAGCCCUGAUUCCAUGAGUGUGGAAGACAAUGAAGGUGAAGGAUUUAAUUUACUAGCUGAUAACAAAAACCCAUACUAUCCCAACCAAAAGGACAUGAAUGAUUUGAUCAGAGAUCUUGGUCUAACCAAGUCCGAUGCUGAACUUUUGACGUCCAGACUGAUGCAGUGGAAUUUGCUGGAUCCUAGUGUUAAAGUCACAUGUCAGAGGAAGCGUCACGAACGAUACCAAGGACAAUACAAUGAGAACAUGAUGGGAGAUUACAUUUGGGGAUUGAUUAGAGAAAGUGACUCGCAGUUUAAACGCAAAUGUCGAAAAACCACCCGCUUCUGAUUUACUUUUAUGUUUUUGGUUUUCUGAAGUUUUAAUAAAAUUUAGUUUUGAUUUAUAUGUGCUGUUCUGUAUGAUUUUCUCUGUAGUGAAAGACUCAAACACGUUUUUCUCAUAAUUUUAGCAUAUUUUAAUGAAUCACAUUGUCCUGGUCACAAAAGCAAAGUUUCCGAGGAAUAUUAGGUGGUUUCCAUACUUUUAAGGCAUAACAGACUAGGAAAUAACAAUUACAUCCCAAGGACUGAGAAAUUUUUUUUUUUUGUUACUUAGUGUAAU